GACUUGCGUCGCACAUUGCGUGCGCGCUUCUCGGCCAGCCGGCCAAACCAACCGCGCACAGUAAGGCGCUGAUAUUUACUUUUAAUUACAUACUCUAGUAGCGCUUCAAGCGGCACCGAUGCGCAGCGCUUUGUGCGGGGGCCACGGCGUGGCAACACGCAUGGCUCGCGCGGUUGUCGCGCCUCAGGCGCCUGCGCGCCUCACAUCCAGCCGGCAGAUCUGGAAUAUGGCCAAGGGAUUUGGGCUAGGCUUCGCGAGCACCAAGCCUCUCCACAACCGGCCGCCGCUCAAGCAGGGCAAGGUGUCUCCCAAGAGCCCUGUGCCGGCGCACAUCCGGCGGCCGCCCUACGCCGACAAGGGCAACUUCCCGCCCUGGGCGGACCGCAGCCAGGUGCACAACGAGGAGGGCAAGCGCAAGAUGCGCGCCAGCGGCCGUCUGGCGGCUCAGGUGCUGGAGUACGCGGGCAGCCUGGUGCGGCCCGGCAUCACCACGGACGAGAUUGACAAGGCCGUGCACGCCAUGAUCAUUGAGAACGGCGCAUACCCCUCGCCGCUCAACUACGGCAAGUUCCCCAAGUCUGUGUGCACGUCCGUGAACGAGUGCGUGUGCCACGGCAUCCCGGACGACCGCGCACUGGAGGAGGGCGACAUCCUCAACAUCGACGUCACCGUGUACCUGGACGGCUACCACGGCGACACCUCACGAAUGUUCUACGUCGGCGAGGUGGACCCAGCCGCCAAGAAGCUGUGCGAGGUGACUCAGGAGGCGCUACUGGAGGCCAUCAAGAAGUGCGCGCCGGGGGUGCCGUACAACGCCAUCGGCAAGACCAUCCAGACCAUUGCGGACAAGCACAAGUACGGCGUGAUUCGGGAUUAUGUGGGCCACGGCGUGGGAGCCGCCUUCCACUCCCACCCCACCAUCUUCCACUACAAGAACACGCAGCCCGGGGUCAUGCAGCUCGGCGAGACGUUCACCAUCGAGCCCAUGAUCGUGCAGGGCGGCAUCAAGUGCGACACGUGGCGCGACAACUGGACGGUGGUGACCAAGGACCGCGGCUUGUGCGCGCAGUUUGAACACACCAUCCUGAUCACCGAGACCGGCGCCGACAUCCUCACGCGAGUGGACGCAUGAGCCGGAGGAGUGCCGUGACUCGCGGUCAAGUGCUUUGUGCGCUUGGCUUGAAGGUGGUUUUGUUCUUGUGGGUCUACAUGCGUUGCAGUGUGUGUAUGUGUGUGUGCGUGUGCGUGUGUGUGUGUGUGUGUGUUAAAAAAACGAAACGAAAGCCCGCCCAGACGACGCCGGAGUUACUUACGGAUACCUACCAAUUUACCGAGCGUCGCGUGGUUGCCGUCACCCAGGUAGUCAUACUUACCCGCGAUAAGCCUGUAACCCCACGGGCGACCAUUCGGCCUGACCCCGCGAUGCACCUGUAUGCGUCCAUGCUCCGCACCCUGGGCGCGCUAAACAACGUUUACCCAGCACGCCUAAUUCCCGUAUUCCCGCCCGCUGGUCGUAGUCGAGCUCACCUAUAAGCAUGGGAAUGGAAAGGCAUUGUGUGUGUGUGUGUGUGUGUGUGUGUGUGUGUGUGUGUGUGUGUGUGUGUGUGUGUGUGUGUGUGUGUGUGUGUGUGUGUGUGCAUGUGUGCGUGUGCGUGCAUGGAGCGAGGUUGUGCUUCGUGCGGUGUGGUGUGGCUGUUGCAUGGGAGGUCUGAUGUGACGUGCAUCUGGCCAUGCGGACGAGUUCUGCACAGAGUCGAGCCGGGCCGUCAUCACCGACCGAUCACAUUAGAGCACAACACAACGCUGUAGCUGUCAAGCUCACUGGAUUGCAGCUGCUUUCCGGGAGCUGUGGCCUGGCGCUUGGUCGGAUGCUACGCUUUUAGGAGGAAGGAUGGAAAGAGCAUAGGUGGCAAGGAAUGCGCACGGGGAGUUGCGCACCAGCGCCAGUCGCUGUUGCGUUCACCAUUCCCGGCGGUCAGAGGGGGUGGAUGGUCAUGGUAUACGCGUGCGGACCUUGAGGGUGGGUGACUGUGCCAAGUGCCAAUGCGCGUGCCGCGAGCACGCAGCGCGAGUAAGCAUGUGUAUUUAUGGUGCAGGUGGUGCAACGUGGCGGUGCCAAUGGGGACGCAUGAAAGGACAGUAGUACGCAAGGCGGUGUGCGCGUGGGGGUUGGAUAGGGAGGUGUGCUGUUGUGCGGGUGUCACAUGACAGGGAAGUAGCUGCAUGAUGAUGUCGCGAAAGGCUUCCGCAGGAGUGCAGGACCGUGGGUGCGAAAUGGGCACGCAUCAGGCGACCGUGUAGCGUCUGUGGGGACUGAACGCGCGGGAGUUCUAGCAGGUGUAAGCAUAGGCAAGA